AUGCAGGGCUCCCUGAAUGCUGGUACAAGCAGUUUUAUGAAGACUUUGCCCGGACAGAAUAAUCUAAGCAGGGGACCCGGUGCUAAAAGAAAACAAGUCCCGUCUGUCGACGCUGUGGUGUCAGACUCUGCCUUGAGAUCGCCUUCCUUCGAAGCUGCCUGUGGAAACGUCUUCCCGCUGGCGCUGAGCCCUGGCCAGCGCAGGGAGCGGUGUGCCAGGAGCCGGCUGAGGUGCGAGCGAGGGCUGCUCCUGUGCUGCUGCUGCGCCAGGCUGAGUCUCUUGCUUUCUGUUGCAGAGACCUUAGUGAAGCAGCUCUCCUCCUACGAAAUCAUUACACCUGUCCGAGUGAAUGAAUUUGGAGAAGUUUUCAGGAGGAAAAGGAGCUUGGAGGCACCACUGGAGCCCACUGCUUUCCGAACACAUUACCAGCUCAGUGCAUACGGGCAGGUCUUCCAGCUCAACCUGAGUGCCGAUGCAGGCUUCGUUGCUGCUCAGUACACUGUGGUGCACGUAGGGGCCCCGCAGGAGCAGUCCUCCCCUGAUUUGCGCCACUGUUUCUACCGCGGGCAUGUCAAUGCUCAGGAGACUCACAUGGCUGUCUUCAGCAUCUGUGGUGGCUUGAUGGGCACCUUUAAGGCACAUGAUGGUGAAUAUUUUUUAGAACCUCUGAUGAAAGCGGAUGGAGGUGAACAUGAAGAUGAGCAUAACAAACCACAUCUUAUAUACAGGCAUGAAGAACUUAAAAAAAAGUAUCAGAAAUCCCAUAAACCUUGUGAAGUUUCAGAAAAAGAGUUGAAGAAGAGCACUUUACUACAUCCAACCUUCAGCAGUUUAAAUGAAGAGAGCAAUGUUUUACAGAAGUCUCUCAGUUUAGAGUAUACUUUAAAUAACCUAUCUAUAGAGGAUGGUGGCAAUCCACAUUCCAGGAAAAAACGUUUUCUUUCCUAUCCAAGAUAUGUAGAAGUGAUGGUUACAGCUGACACCAAAAUGGUUCGUCACCAUGGGCAGAAUUUACAGCACUACAUACUAACACUGAUGUCAAUAGUUGCAGCAAUCUAUAAAGAUUCAAGUAUUGGAAAUCUUAUAAAUAUAGUUAUUGUAAAAUUAAUUGUAAUUCACAAUGAACAGGAAGGACCAGCUAUCACUUUUAAUGCAGCUACCACUCUUCGUAAUUUUUGCUUAUGGCAGCAAGCACAAAACACUUUGGAUGAUGCUCACCCUUCUCAUCAUGAUACUGCUGUUCUUAUCACUAGGGAAGAUAUCUGCAGAGCUAGAGAGAAGUGUGAUACUCUUGGUUUAGCAGAGCUAGGUACCAUGUGCGACCCACUACGCAGCUGUUCUAUAAGCGAAGAAAAUGGAUUGAGUGCUGCUUUUACUAUAGCGCACGAGCUUGGACAUGUAUUUAAUGUGCCUCAUGAUGACAGCUUUAAAUGUAAAGAAGCUGGAAUUAAACACCAAUACCAUGUGAUGGCUCCAACUUUAAAUUACCAUACAAGUCCAUGGACCUGGUCAAAAUGCAGUCAAAAAUACAUCACUGAAUUUCUUGAUACUGGUUAUGGUGAAUGUCUCCUAGACAAACCAAGUGGAAGAAUAUAUGAUCUUUCCUCUCAGCUGCCUGGGUCAAUGUAUGAUGUCAACAAGCAGUGUGAACUUAUGUUUGGUCUUGGGUCACAAGUGUGCCCAUAUCUGAAACAAUGCAAGCGCUUAUGGUGCACAAGCACAGAAGGUGUUCACAAGGGUUGUCGUACUCAGCACAUGCCUUUGGCUGAUGGAACAGUUUGUGGUGUAGGAAUGCACUGCCGGCAUGGAAUUUGUGUGAGCAGAGAAAUGGAGACGCGUCCUGUAGAUGGAGAAUGGGGACCAUGGGGACCUUAUAGCUCAUGUUCAAGAACUUGUGGAGGUGGAAUUAAGAGCACCACCAGACUCUGUAACAGACCAGAACCAAGAAAUGGAGGAAAGUACUGUGUUGGCCGCAGGAUGAAAUUUCGAUCAUGUAAUACUGAUUCAUGUCCAAAAGGCAAAAAAGAUUUCCGGGAGCAGCAGUGCUCUGAAUUUGAUGGCAAACACUUUAACAUCAACGGUCUUACAUCUGCUGUUCGCUGGCUUCCAAAAUACAGUGGUAUUUCUAUGAAAGAUCGCUGUAAACUUUUUUGCCGAGUUUCUGGAACAACUUCCUACUAUCAGCUGAAGGACAGAGUUGCUGAUGGUACUCCCUGUGGAGCAGAAACCAAUGACCUUUGUGUUCAAGGCUUAUGCAGGCAAGCAGGCUGUGAUCACAUUUUGAAUUCCAAGGCAAGGAGAGACAAAUGUGGAAUCUGUGGUGGUGAUAAUUCUUCAUGUAAGACUCUUGCAGGUACUUUCAACAGUGCUCAUUAUGGUUACAAUGUUGUAGUAAAUAUUCCCAAAGGAGCAACAAACAUUGAUAUUCGGCAGCACAGCUACUCAGGGAAACCAGAAGAUGACAACUACCUUGCUUUAUCUGAUAUUCAUGGAAAUUUUAUCUUGAAUGGAAAUUUUGUUGUAAGCAUGUCAAAAAGAGAAAUCAAUAUUCAAGGAGCCAUUUUUGAGUACAGUGGUUCAAACAAUACGAUAGAACGAAUUAACAGCACUGAUAGAAUCGAAGAAGAGCUAACCUUACAGGUGCAUGUUUACUUUUCUUCAUAAGUUUGAAAAUUUGCUACAUGAUCAUUAUGUUCAUAAUUUUAUGUUCAAAUUCACUGAAUAGGGAUUUUAUACAACCCUGAUGUGCGUUAUUCAUUCAACAUCCCAAUAGAAGACAGAAGCGAUUUGUUUACGUGGGAUCCUUACGGACCCUGGCAAGACUGCAGCAGGAUGUGCCAAGGUAUUCGAAGAAGAAGAAUGACAUGCAUACGUAAAAGUGAUCAUGUGGUAGUGUCUGAUCAAAGAUGUGAACUUAUACCCAUGGUACCAGAAGUCUUUGAGGAGUGUAAUACAGAAUGUGAAUUAAGGUGGCACAAUGUUGGCAAAAGUGACUGCACAUCAAAGUGUGGCCCAGGGUAUCGAUCUGUAGAGAUCCACUGCAUGAAGUACUCUAUUUCAAAAGGACUCAGUGCUCCAGUGGAUGAUAAGUACUGUGCUGAUCAGCAGAAGCCACCCACCAGAGAGCCCUGCCAUGGUGACUGUAUGUUAACAAGUUGGCACUACACGGAAUGGUCAGAGUGUUCCAGGAGCUGUGAAAGAGGUGUCAGAACCAGAGAAGCUUUUUGUAUGAACAAUUUGGGUCGUCAUCUUCCUGACAGAGAAUGCCAGGAACUUCCAAGAGUUGUAACACAGAGUUGCAAUGAAUUCUUAUGUCCAAGCUGGUCUGUUAGUGAGUGGAGCGAGUGUCCUGUGACAUGUGGCAAAGGAAUGAAGCAUCGUCAAGUAUGGUGCCAACUGAAUGAUGAACAACUGAGAGAUGAUUUCUGUAAUCCAAAUGAUAGACCAGAAUCAAUAACACCCUGUGAACUUCAUGAAUGUGCAUCUUGGCAAGUAGGGCCUUGGGGAUCAUGUGCUGUAACGUGUGGACGUGGAUACCAGAUGCGUGCAGUCAAAUGUGUUACUGGGACUUACAGAGUUUUUUUGGAUGAUGACAGGGAAUGUAAUGCUGCUACUCGUCCUAGAGAUAACCAAGAAUGUGAGUUGCCCUCCUGUCCAGAAAAUACAAAAUUAUGGACUACAUCGCUUCCUCUAGUUCAUAUGGGGAAGGUGACCCAAUGGAGAUAUGGAUCAUGGACACCAUGCUCUGCAUCCUGUGGGAAGGGUGAUCGUGCUCGCUAUGUGAGUUGUAGAGAUGCUUACGGAGGAAUAGCAGAUGAAUCUUUCUGUGCUCAUUUACCACGACCAGCUGAAAUUUCAAGCUGCUUUAGCCCAUGUGGAGAGUGGCAAGUUGGAAAUUGGUCCCCUUGCACAGUCACAUGUGAUAGUGGAAUAGUAACAAGACAAGUUAUCUGUGUCAACUAUCAUCAACAAAUCAACGAGAAUUACUGUGAUCCUGAAGGCCGACCUUCCAAAGAACAAGAAUGUAACAUGCCACCAUGUCCAUCAGUAUAUCAUCAUAUUCCGAAAAUACAUGACCAUCCAAGCCGCUUUCCAGAAAUAGGUUACCUUCCAGUGCAUCAUCCACAAGACAAUAUAAACCAGUGGAACCAUCCCUCUGUGGGAGGAUAUCAGUGGAGAACUGGACCCUGGGGAGCAUGCUCUAGUACUUGUGCAGGUGGAUUUCACCGUCGAGUUGUAGUAUGUCAAGAUGAGGAAGGAAGAAGUGCUAGCUAUUGUGAUGAGGCAACAAAACCUCCGGAGUCAAGACACUGUGAUUCUGGACCCUGCCCACGAUGGAACUAUGGGAACUGGGGAGAAUGUACUCAAACUUGUGGAGAUGGAAUAAAGACAAGACUGGUGAUUUGUCAGCUUCCUACUGGCCAAACGUUGGGUGAUCAAAACUGUGAAAUUCUAGACAAGCCACCUAAUAUGGCACAAUGUAAUGUGCAUUCUUGCCCUGGUGAUGUUUCAUGGCAUCGGGGACCGUGGAAAUCGUGUUCUGUUUCCUGUGGAAAAGGUUUGAAGUUUCGUGAUGUGCAUUGUUUUAAUAGCUUCCAAGCUAAAAUAGAAGAAGAAAAUUGCAGACAUUUGAAAAAACCACGGACGUACAAAGUAUGUAGAGCUGGAAGUUGUCCUGCUUGGAAGGCUGGCAGAUGGAAAGAGUGUUCUGUAUCCUGUGGAGUGGGGAUUCAGCAAAGGGACAUCUACUGUCAGUUGAAGGGCCUGGGUCAAGGGAGUGAAGCAAUGUGUAAUUCUGAUACCCGGCCCGCUAGCAAGAGGCAUUGCUGGCUGCCUGCCUGCAUGCAGUACCAGUGGCUGGCAGAUGAAUGGGAAGAUUGCUCGGCAUUGUAUAGAAGAAAGGACAUACACCGGAAGGUUAAGUGUGUGGAUGAAAACCAGCUCCAAGUGGAUGAAAGCUUCUGUGAUCCUGCCACAAAGCCUCCAUCAACCAAGAACUGCAGGAUAGCUCCCUCUAAAUAUGUUGUGCUUACAGGAGAACUGUCACAGUGCUCAGCCAGCUGUGGGUUUGGUUACCAGCAGAGGAUCACGUACUGUGUUGGAAUCCAUUCUGUUCAAAAUCAGCACGCCCAUGGCCUUCGAACUGUAGCGUACCGAGAAUGCCCAGUAGAGCCAUCCCCAUACACUUAUAAAUGUAAUAUCAAAGGAUGUUCACAAGCAGCUACCUGGAAAGUGGGAAAGUGGACUAAGUGCUCAGUGUCUUGCGGAGUCGGGGUAAAGGAGAGAACUGUAGAAUGUAUGACUGAAAACGGCUUAUCCAGUGACUUGUGCCUGCCACGUUUAAAACCAGAUGCCAGGAAGAUUUGCCGUGAGGAAGAAUGUGAAAUUUUUACCACCUGCAAAGAUAUCCAGAUUAAAAAAGGGAUUAGAAAGGAUGGUGAAUACCUACUUAACAUUAAGGGAAGGAUGAUAAAGAUUUAUUGCUCCGGCAUGCACUUAGAGAAUCCCAAAGAAUAUUUGACACUGGUAAAAGGCGAAGCAGAAAACUUUUCUGAAGUAUAUGGAUUCAGGCUGCAGAAUCCAUAUGAAUGUCCUUUCAAUGGAAGCAGAAGGCAAGACUGUGCCUGUCGAAAUGAUUACCUUGCAGCUGGCUUCACGGUUUUUAGCAAAAUAAGAUUUGAUGUAACCUCCAUGCAAAUUAAAACCACAGAUUUUCUUUUUGCUCAGACUAUACUUGGGAGAGCAGUUCCGUUUGCCACAGCUGGAGAUUGCUACAGUGCUGCCAGAUGUCCACAGGGUCAGUUCAGCAUUAAUUUGGCUGGUACAGGUCUAAGAUUAUCCAGUACAGUUAGGUGGAUUUCUCAGGGCAACUAUGCAACUGCUGACAUACACAAAUCCCAUGAUGGUACUAAAAUAUAUGGAAGAUGUGGAGGAUUUUGUGGAAAAUGUAUUCCUAACACAAUUAUUGGUCUUCAACUUCAAAUACAGUGA